AUGCGCAGAGGUCGUCAACAGCUCGAGGCGUUCCUGCUGCAGCAACAUGGCGGUUCUACAGCUUUCGAGCAAGUGAUAGACAAGGAGUCAUCGCAGUGGAAAGAACAUGUGGAAAAGGCGAAGGAAAAUGACGACGUAAGGGUACAGCAGCGUAGUGUGCUACCAGAGCUAUUGCCUGGACUGCAACACCUGAAUGACAUAAAGGUGGGGAAACCGGGAAGACCUGACGAUGCUGUGUACCUCAAGGAUCAAUACGCCAGAGAGUGGCUACCACGUGGCAAUUGCAUCGCAGAAUGGAAGACUCAAGAAACGACCUAUUUCUUUCCGCUUAUCCGUGGAUACAGGAAGUUCACAGGCCAAGAGGAUGACGGGGAGCUCAAGAAACGGACAGGGAAGGAAGCGGAGGAGCUGUCCAAGUUCUUUACUAAACCGCAAAUUCAGAGCAAGUGGGUAAUCUCUACCACUAAAGAGAACGGCGAGGCAGGUCACUUGUCCGUAAUUAAGCGGAGUGACGGCGAGUUCGUCUACGUGCUUGGGUCCAAGAACACGCACCUGAUAGCGCAAACAGUUGAAGAUGUUGAACGGACUCGAGAUAGUCAGAAGAAAGAAAGCGGCGAUCCGUUCUUUGCCGCGGCACCGAUUGCAAUCGCCAUACUGCGAAUGCUGCUUGCACUAGAGCCGGCGAAGCGUAAUCUUCUCAGUGAAUUCUUGUGGCAGACGCGCGCCACCGCAUCGUUCGAGGUGUUGUGUCCUAGCCACCAACACGUACAGCUGUUAGAUUACUUGUCAGAAGACACGCCGGUGUUCUACGGCCUCUCUCUGAUGACUUUGAACACUCUGGAGGAGACCGAGAUCUGUGUGAACCCAGUGCUUCCGUACGAGUUCAUGCGCGCGCUUGGAGUCCGCACAGUGAAAUACGAUAUCGUCGAGUUCAAUGAGGAUGCAUUCUCGGCAGCUCUUGAGCGCAGUAAACGUGCCUACCAGCAUGAAGGUGGUGUCCAUUUGUUCUUAGACGACGACGCCUCUGUCAUUGGGAUGCAAAAGCACAAGAGUGUCUGGUAUGUGUGUCUGCGUGCCAUCCGAGAGAAAGCCAAGACGUUCUGCCGAAUACUAAACUCCAAGAAGCCUCCGAAAGGUAGAGCCAAACCUGUGACUUCGAAAAAAGCGCUGGCUAUGGGUAAGGAAUUCAUGAGGAAUCGUUUCCAAGCUAUUCCAGGGUUUUUCAAAAUCUCGAACGAAGUCUCCGACACUUACGAGGCACUCGGCGAACAGUUCCUUGAGUAUCUGUUUGUAAACGAGCUCUUCAGUGGAGAAGCAGUCGGUGUAGAGCAGGAAGAGAAGUGUAAGCAGGUUGCUCGAGAUGUCGCUGACCUCUUCCCCGUCGUGUGGAAAAGAUUCCUUAUUCAAACCGGUGCGAGCGAUGUCGUCGAGCAGCAAUAGACAUAGAAACAUCAUGGAAUUUAUACGGUCCGAU